GCAAGGAGGAGGGCACAAUAAUACCUUAUUUUCAUAGUCACAGACUGGUUUCCCUUAAUGAGCAACCACACCAACAGGUAAGGAGCUUAAUUUGAAACCAGGAGUGGUUAAAGCGUUAUGCUGGGAGAUCUUUUAAAUAGUGGCACUGCUUGCGAAUGGGCAGACCAAUGUUUGACUGCACGCUAACAAGUAACACACUUCACGGGCAUACUCCAAAGGCACGCUGCAAACAUCACUUCAAAUCAAAGUCAACAUUCUACUACUUCUUAUCCGGCAAUUGUUUCUUGAUAAGUUUCAAUACCAGUUGGAGAAGUCACUUUGGGCGCAACUUUCACAUAGACACUCGCUUGGAGUGGACAAAAAAUCAGAUCCGUCAAAAACUCUGUAGUUGCUCAGAGGUUUUCUUUGUCAUCACUAUUAAAUUCUACAUAAACAUUUUAAACUUUCUGGCUGGCUAGUGGACUUCUUCAGCAAUAUUCAAACUAUAUUCUCUAAGAGAUUGCUUUGAUCAACGAGGGAUCCUUUCUGCAUCUUCAAUCAAAUGAGCGCUGCAGCAAAUCUUUACCUUUUCUGGCAAAUUCUCCAUGAGAUAGCAAUCAUGAUUAAAACUGCCAUAGCAGUGGCAAUUUUAGCCUUUACAAUUGGGCUUUGUUGCAGCAACUGUGACACUGAGUUUAAUCUCACUUUUUAUCCUGCUGGAAACCGUGUCUUGAACAAUCAUGUACUCGUAAUGAAGACUGUAUCUUCUGCUGUGAUCUGUGGGAGGGACUGCUUUAUGGACCCACAGUGUGCAUCAUUCAACUAUGAUGCAGGCAGCCAUCUUUGUGAGCUCAAUGAUGCCACACGAUCUGACAGCCCUUAUGACCUUGUCAACAAGCAGGGAAGUGUUUACUUUGAUGGAAACGGUGAAACAUCUUUGUUUUCAAUACCCAACCAUGAAACAUACACAAGUUGCCAAAUGCUUCUGGGUGCUGGUUACAGCGACAACGGCAUCUACACCAUCAAUCCUUCUGGCAUGGCUGAGGGGUUACAGGUCUACUGUGACAUGGAGACUGAUGGAAGAGGCUGGAUUGUCUUUCAGCGACGUCAAGAUGGCUCUGUUGACUUCUACCGUAACUGGACGGAGUACCAAUCUGGCUUUGGCGAUCUAUCUGGUGAGUUCUGGCUGGGCAAUGAAGCUCUACGCAUCCUGACUGAGACUGGACAAUGGCAGCUGAGAGUAGACCUUGGAGAUUGGGAGGGCAACACGGCUUGGGCAGAGUACGGUGAGUUUAGUAUCACGGGUGACAAAUACACAAUCCAUGUUGGCUCAUAUUAUUACGAAAGUACAGCAGGCAAUACACUGUUAGGAGAAUCAGGUGAUCACCAUUUCUCUACAAAGGAUCAGCAAAAUAAUAACUUGCAAGUAAGCUUUGCACAGAAACUGAAAGGUGCUUGGUGGUUCACUGAUCCGACCAACUCUCAUCUCAACGGCAUGUACCAAAUGAGCUCUACAGUAAAUAAUCCUGAUGAGGGCAUAUUUUGGUUCUAUUGGAAGGAAUACCAUUACUCCCUAAAGCAGUGCAGCAUGAAGAUGAGAGAAGUUAAGUAAACCAAUCCAACAAACCCUUACAUUCAUACAAUCAAUUCAUGUCAUUUGUUAAUGUGGUGUCCUCAAUCACCUACUAUUUUUGUCC